CCUCCUCUCCUCUCCUCUCCUCUUCAAAGCGUUGUAAAACUGCCGCCAUUCCGCGACUCGAGACCGUCUUCUAUCACCAGCUCCGCAAGGAAUCAGCUCACAAGUGGCUCUGACCUACCCCGUCCGCUUAAGAAGCAAAACGUCCGGAUCGAACAAACAACAAUCACAGCCAUGGCCCCUUCGGCAAUCUCUCCCGCUCAGCAGCAUGCUCAGCUCGCCUUCGCCCCCAAGAAGGUCAAAGAUGCCGCUGCCGAGGUUGAGGACCGCGCCGCCGGCCUGACCAAGCCUCUGGCCGAGAUGAUGGGCAACUGGGACGACUUUAGCUUUGCCCCGAUCCGCGAGAGCACCGUCUCGCGCGCCAUGACCCGCCGGUACUUUGCCGACCUGGACAAGUACGCCGAGUCCGACAUCGUCAUCAUCGGCGCGGGCUCCUGCGGCCUGUCUGCGGCGUACACGCUCGGCAAGCUGCGGCCGGACCUGCGCAUCACGGUGAUCGAGGCGGGCGUCAGCCCCGGAGGCGGCGCCUGGCUGGGCGGGCAGCUGUUCAGCGCCAUGGUGAUGCGCAAGCCGGCCGACGUCUUCCUGCGCGAGGUGGGCGUGCCCUACGAGGACGAGGGCGACUACGUGGUCGUCAAGCACGCCGCCCUCUUCACCAGCACCGUGCUGUCCAAGGUGCUGGCCAUGGACAACGUCAAGCUGUUCAACGCCACCACCGUCGAGGACCUCAUCACCCGCCCCGACCCGGACAGCGAGGACAUCGGCCCCGGCGUCCGCAUCGCCGGCGUCGUCACCAACUGGACCCUCGUGUCCAUGCACCACGACGACCAGAGCUGCAUGGACCCCAACACCAUCAACGCGCCCGUGGUGAUCUCCACUACUGGGCAUGACGGCCCCUUCGGUGCCUUCUCGGUCAAGCGCCUGGUCAGCAUGAAGCAGCUCGAGCAGCUCGAGGGCAUGCGCGGGCUCGACAUGCAGCGGGCCGAGGACGCCAUCGUCAAGAACACGCGCGAGAUCGUGCCGGGCCUGAUCGUCGGCGGCAUGGAGCUGUCCGAGAUCGACGGCGCCAACCGCAUGGGCCCCACGUUCGGCGCCAUGGCCCUGAGCGGCGUCAAGGCCGCCGAGGAGGCCAUCCGCGUCUUUGACCUCCGCAAGAAGCAGAACGAGAUCUGAGACAGUUGGACUAUCUCGGCAAAAAAAUAAAAAGGAGGACGAGGGUUAAGUGAUCAGUUGCACACACACACACACAAGCGAGGCCUCGCCUCUGCCGUUGGCUUACCGUUUGCUGGGGAAGGAGGUCGUCAAGGGAACGGCAGGAGGAACGUUUAGGACGCUCAUUUGACCCUACUGCUGCCAUCAAUCAAAGUCUCGUUUGUUGCUCUUGAAGUCUUUUGACAGAUCGAAAAGAAGUGAUGAUUGUGAGCG